UGUUGCAUUUUGCAUAUCUGUCCCUCUCUCUCUUCUUCGUGUUGAAGGUCUUUCUCACGUCUCUCUUUCCAUCUCUCUCUCGCUGAUCUCUGGAAUCAGUCCAGGGAAGAUCGAUAGAGUUCGUGAGAGAGACACAGAGAGAUUAUAUAAAAGAAAUGGCGAAUUUUGAUGUGAUGUCAUUCUUGGCCAUGGUGAUUGUGCAAGUGGGAUUCACAGGAAUGAGCUUCAUAUCGAAGCUGGCCAUGGACGACGGAAUAAACCCUUUUGUGCUCAUCGCCUAUCGCCAGAUCAUCGCCACCGUCGCCAUCACACCUUUCGCUCUUUUCUUGGAGAGGAAGACAAGACCCAAGAUUACAGUGCCAAUCUUGUUCUAUAUUUUUUUAAGUUCCAUUACUGGGGCUUCCGUGAACCAAGUUUUCUUUUUUAUGGGCCUGAACAAUUCGAGUCCCAUGAUCGCCGGAGCAAUGACCAAUACCCUCCCAGUCUUGACAUUUGUAUUCGCCCUGAUCUUCAAACAAGAAUCGUUCGGUAUCAAGACAAAGACAGGACAAGCAAAAGUGAUCGGAACAGUGCUAUGCGUGGGUGGAGCGAUGUUGCUCUCGUUUUACCACGGGCACACCAUUGCAGAUAGUACCUCUGGCAUUCGUUGGAACUAUGCAGAGAAAAUGACAGAUAAACGCUCAACCUACAAAAGCCACUCCAUCUUGGGACCUUUUCUUCUCUUUUGUAGCGCUUGCAGCUGUGCACUUUGGUUCAUUAUCCAAGCAAAAUUGAGUCCCAAAUUUCCAGCUCCUUACACAGCCACAAUGCUAAUGUGUCUCAUGGCUAGUGUUGAGUGUUCGAUCAUUGGUGCCGCUACUAAAUGUAAUGUUGCUGACUGGUCUUUGAGAUCCAAGAUCCGGCUCAUCGCAGUUUUCUAUGUGGGCAUUGUGUGUUCUGCACUUGCGUUCUGCAUUAUGUCCUGGUGUGUCCAUAGAAAAGGCCCGCUCUACACUUCCAUCUUCAGCCCUUUGUUACUAGUCAUGUCGACCAUCCUGAGCUGGGCACUCCUUCGCGAGAAACUAUAUAUCGGAACAUUGGUAGGGACCGUGCUCAUCAUUGUCGGGCUCUACUCCGUUCUGUGGGGCAAGGGCAAGGAAGCAGAGCAAGCGAGAAUUGCUGACGAGAUGGAAGCAGCAGGCAAGUACCGUGAGAAAGAAGACUCGGAGUUGCAGCUUCGUCCUCACGUAAACGACGAAAGUCAGCGAGAUACAAACUGAUUUUUAUGUGUUGCUUAAA